AUGUAUCGUUACCGAUUCAACCUCAGAUAUUGGUUAUACUGUAAACUGACGUCCCCAGACAACAUGUUUGUUGAGCACAAGUAUAUCUACGACGCCUUUGUAUCCUAUACUUCUGACGAGUACGAAUGGGUCAUUCGACAGUUACGAUCUAAACUUAAAUUGGUGGAGGAUACGGUCCGACUUUGUAUUCAUGACAGAGAUUUCAUUCCUGGAAAACAAAUUCAUGAAAACAUCUUAGACAAAUUGAAAGAGAGUCGAAAAGUUCUGUUGAUCAUCAGUCCCGGUUUCCUCGAGUCUCGAUACGGUCCUCUGGAAAUCGAGUACGCCGGCAUGAAAUGUUUGGAGGAAGGCAGAGUCGACGUCAUCAUCUGUGUGCUGAUGGAGGAUAUUCCGGUUCGUCAGAUGCCGAGGGCGUUGAGAAAUCUCUGGCACAAGAUCACCUUCCUUAAGUGGAGCGCUAAGCCUGAGGAACAGGCCAUUUUCUGGCGUAACCUUAAGAUUGCUGUUAGCCAACCAGUCCCAUGA